AUGAUGUGUUCGAAAUGUUUUUUGGAAGUCUCCGCCAACCUCACAGAACAACCUCGCGUUGAGAUCAAUGCUAAACGUGGCGCUCGAGUUGAGUUAGCAGGAGAUGUACUUGUUCAGUUUCAAGGACGCGAGGAACUCUAUAGCCUGAUCAAUGCCUCGACAAGACUUCACGUUACGUUGAAACCGACUAUUAGACAUUCGCGUCUCUAUGGGGAUAUCGCUCUAACAAAUGUCGAUGUGAAAGUAUAUGACCUAGCUGUUGGAGGAGUUCUGUCGAAGCCACUUGAGAAACUGGUCUCUUUCAUAGUGCCACGAGUGUUGUGGCCUCAGGUCAAGAAACGUAUUCGUUUUGCACUGAACCGAAGAGGUAUUCAACUACCGGUACUGUGCGGAGUCGAGCUCGAGCAUCUCUCCCUGUCCUACAUCGAUCGAGCCGCCGUCAUCAACACCGAUUUUCGCUUUGAUCUACCACUAUUUGUUCAAAAAUUCAAAUUGUAUCUGAUUAAAAAGUCAAUGACAUCGCGCGGUAUUCCCACCUAUGUUGAGAUUUGA